GGCGGUGUUUGCGUUAUAUGCGUAUUUUACGUACCGUCUCUCCGCCGUUGGCUUCUUCCGUACUCUAACUGCGUGGAUCGGCGCCCCGCUUACACACUUUUCUCCGCAAAGUCUCUGCCUGGCCGGGUCUUCCGUUACGCAAAUCGCGUACGCCCAGACCACCCACCUGUGGCAACGUUACAACUACCGUCGCUUCCUUGCAGCUACUGAGGCCUUGGAGCGUGCCGCCGCCGCGGGGGGAAGGGCCUCAGGUUAGUCCCGCAUCCUGCGAGGUACCAGCCUCUUCCCACUCCUCCUCCACUCACGCACCCGCCGACCCGACCCGGGCUGAGGGAGAAGCGGUGCUGCCACCUCGCGUGGAGCCGAGUGCGAGUGGGGCCGGGGACCAUUGUGUCCGGCCGGCGAGGUAGGUGCCCCGGGUGGCAGCUCGCAACCCCGAGGAGUGGGAGGACGGGCGGAGGAGUGAAGCAGGCCUCUGCCUCACUCUUACCCGGACGUGUGGCCCAGGGCAGCACUCCACGUGCCGUCAAUUCUUGAGGACAAGUGCGAAGGGGACGCCUGCCUUGACACAGCGCAGCACGUCCGGGGACACCUGGUCUGAGGUACCUUCACCAGCCCACGGACCCCUCGUGUCAUACCAGCAGUGACCCGCAGCCCGUGUCAGCUUCCGAAACCGCACAGGUUUUUGAGGAGACACUGAGCGGCAGCGGGACAGAGCUGGCAGCAAUCAGUGAGCACAGUUUGUGAGUAACAGUGCACAAGGAACGUGAGGUUGCUCUGCUGUCUCAGUUGCCAGCUGCUUGAGUGGUCCUGCUCACACCUGUGAGGGGGACCUUGGCUGCCGACUGACAAGCGGCAGCCGAAACUAGGUUCAGUACUUCGGGCCUUUGAAGAACUGUGAUUGAAGGCAACUUUUAACUGUCUCUGAAAACAAGUACGAAGGCGACCCUAUUGUGUGUGUUGGUGUUUACAAGUGAUACAGGAUAGGUAAAAAGAAGAUGUCAGGUCGUCGCGUUGCUGCAGCAUGUGAUAGACGUCAGCUGCCACGGGGCAUGGGUAGCAUGGCAUCCCCCCUCCUUGACCCGCGUCCACUUCGACUACCAUUUCUCGAGGCUGACAGUCGCCUCCAAUCGAUUUGCGGGCGCUCGAUGCAGCAGCCUUCGCGGAGGAGCAUUCUUCGGUCCCGGCCGCCGCCGCCGCCUCCUCCCCUGCCGCCGCCGCCAAUCGAUGCGCUCAGGGCUCCGGUCGCCAUUUUAGGGGGAGAGCGAGGGAGGCAGAAGGAAGGGUCGGCCCCUCCAAGGCAUUCCUUGCUCACAAUGUAUAGAACAAAAGUCAGUUUGAAAGACCGUCAGCAACUUUAUAAACUGAUAAUUAGUCAGCUGCUAUAUGACGGAUAUAUAAAUAUUGCUAAUGGCUUGAUAAAUGAGAUAAAACCACAAUCAGUCUGUGCACCAUCUGAACAACUGCUGCACCUAAUUAAGUUAGGAAUGGAGAACGAUGACAGUGCCGUUCAAUAUGCAAUUGGACGGUCAGAUACAGUAGCUCCAGGCACAGGAAUUGACUUGGAAUUUGAUGCAGAUGUACAGACCAUGUCUCCUGAGGCUUCUGAAUACGAGACUUGUUAUGUCACAUCUCAUAAAGGACCGUGUCGUGUAGCUACGUAUAGCCGAGACGGACAGUUAAUAGCUACAGGAUCCGCUGAUGCCUCAAUAAAAAUACUUGAUACAGAGAGAAUGUUGGCCAAAAGUGCUAUGCCUAUUGAGGUUAUGAUGAAUGAGACAGCACAGCAAAACAUGGAAAAUCACCCUGUUAUUCGGACUCUGUAUGAUCAUGUGGAUGAAGUUACAUGUUUAGCUUUUCAUCCAACAGAACAGAUCCUAGCAUCUGGUUCAAGGGACUACACACUUAAGUUGUUCGAUUAUUCAAAGCCUUCUGCCAAAAGAGCCUUCAAAUACAUCCAGGAAGCAGAGAUGUUGCGCUCAAUUUCUUUUCACCCUUCUGGAGAUUUCAUACUUGUUGGGACCCAGCACCCUACUUUACGACUCUAUGAUAUCAAUACUUUCCAGUGUUUUGUGUCUUGCAAUCCUCAAGAUCAGCACACUGAUGCUAUAUGUUCAGUAAAUUACAAUGCAAGUGCAAACAUGUAUGUGACAGGAAGUAAGGAUGGAUGCAUCAAACUGUGGGAUGGCGUUUCAAAUCGCUGUAUCACUACUUUUGAGAAGGCACACGAUGGAGCUGAAGUCUGUUCUGCCAUUUUUUCCAAAAAUUCAAAGUAUAUCUUGUCAAGUGGAAAAGACUCUGUAGCUAAACUGUGGGAGAUAUCCACUGGUCGAACACUGGUCAAAUACACAGGAGCCGGUUUGAGUGGACGACAAGUACACAGGACACAAGCUGUCUUCAACCACACAGAAGAUUACGUGCUGCUUCCAGAUGAAAGGACCAUAAGUCUCUGCUGCUGGGAUUCAAGAACUGCUGAACGGAGAAACCUUCUUUCUCUUGGGCACAACAGCAUUGUCCGUUGCAUUGUCCACUCUCCGACCAACCCUGGCUUCAUGACGUGCAGUGAUGACUACAGGGCUAGGUUUUGGUACAGAAGGUCAACAACGGACUAAGGACAGCUUUCUAAAACACUGAUUCUCCAGGUUCAUGAUACCAUGUUAUAUUGAUUGUACUGCCAACAGCUGCCUAGAUGAACGCUGUGCUGUGUCUUGUUUCUUUAAUUCUGUCCAAUGUGGCAGGAAAAUAUCAAAAUACUGAGACUUAAGUUUUGCCCCACACUAAUUUUUUUUAUUAGUGUGUGUGGCAUUAAUUUUUUUGUAUGUCAUCUCUAACUGUACUUGAGGAGUGUGGGGGAGGGGCUGGGGGAGACAAUGAAAUGAUCCUUGCAGGAAGGGUUAAACUUGUUCUCCUGUCUUUCUAAAUCCUGUGAAAGAUAAUGUGACUGUAUCUUGCUCAAACUGGGCAGUAUGAGCCAGUUUUGCUCUGCAUUGUAUCUGUGCAAUCCCACUGAAGUCUGUUUAAAGAAUGGAUUACACAAGUAACAGCAGAACUUGGCAAGUAUUUUAAUGAAGCCUUAAGCUGCCUUCGGUUCUGAUUCAUUCUUUGUAAAGCUCUGGUUUGUAUCUUUUAGUCUGGAAGGGGGUUGGCGUUUUUUGUUUUGGUUUGGUUUUGUUUAUUGGCCAAGUGGACUUAAACUUCUGAGCAUCUUGUGCCAUAAGGAUUUGAAACAGCAUUUUAAAUUGUUUACACAGAUUCAAGAAUUAUGUUCUAGUUCUUGUAUUAAAGCUCAGACUCAAAAUCUUGUCAUCUUCUGAAUUUCUCUCAAGUGGAACCUCAGAAGUAAAUUAUUUUCAAGGAAUAUCCACAUUGCACCUGUAGAAUGUGACAGUGCUGGAGCGUGGGAAAAUGGAAAUAGCUGUGUGAUAGGUGUCUAGUAUCCUCUCAAAGAAAGAAACUUGUGCAUAUUGAUUUGGUAUUACAUGUGCCUCAGAAAUGUCACUUUGCUUCAUUUCCUUGAGAACUUUCCAUCCUGUGUCUGCUGUACAGCACUUGAAUUACAU